AUGGAGCUCGCAAUGUGUGAAGCAUUUAACAUAUGGGAUAGUUUUAACCACAUAUAUCCAGAAAAAUCAAGUGAUGGAAGUGAUGCAGAUCAAGCUACCGAUUCAUACCAUCUUUAUAAGGUGGAUGUUGAGAUGAUGAAAAACAUGAGCGUCAAUGGCUAUAGAUUCUCAAUUUCUUGGUCUCGAGUAUUGCCGAAGGGAAGGAGAAGCGGAGGAAUAAAUAGAGAUGGAAUUCAAUACUACAAGAACCUUAUCAAAGAGCUCUUAAAUAACGGUAUAGAACCAUUCGUAACUAUUUUUCACUGGGAUGUUCCUCAAACUUUAGAAGAUGCGUAUGGAGGACUUUUGGAUCGUAAUUUUGUGUCUGAUUAUCGAGAUUUCGCAAAUCUUUGUUUUAGAGAAUUUGGUGAUAAAGUAAAGUACUGGAUAACAAUUAAUCAACCAUAUAGCCUUGGGUUUAAUGCUUAUGGAAAAGGUGAACAAGCACCCAGGCGAUGUUCUGCUUGGAUGCACAAAAAUUGCACAGGAGGAGAUUCGGGAACCGAACCAUAUAUUAUAGCUUACCAUGAACUUCUUGCCCAUGCAGAAGUUGUUCAAUUAUAUAACAGAGAAUAUAAGGUAACUCAAAAAGGCAAGAUUGGGAUCACUUAA